AUGAAUACACCAUUAAAUCAGAACAAAUUAGAUCAUCAUGAGAAGAACACACUUGAAAAUGAUGAUUAUGAUGUUGAAGAUGAUGAUGAUGAUAAUGGUGAUGAUGAUGAUAGUCAGUUAACUAUUGAGACUAGAUCCAAUAAAAUAGAGAAUCAAUUAAGGAAAGUGGGAAAUAUUGAGAAAAUGAAUGAAUUAACAUCUAUGAAAAAUUUCAAUUCAUUACAUAGAAAAUAUUUACAUAGAAUUCAAUCUAAUCACAAAAUUGUCAAACCUUUUAAAACAUUAAAGGAAACUACUUAUAUAGAUAAUAGUAGUAAUAAUUUGUAUACUAAAAAAUCUAAAUUAAAAACUACAUUAUUACCGUUAAAAUCUCGUAAUCCAUUAGUGGAACAAUUAUUACAAACAAUCAUGUCACAUAAAAUAGAUUCAAAUGUUGAAAAUAAUUCAUCCAAUCUAAUUUCGAAUAUGACAUUAUCAUUAAAAAAGCCAAUAUCAUCAAUAUCAUCGACGACGAUGGCAACUAUGACACUGACAACAACAACAACAACAUCACCAACAUCACCGUUAAUAAGUAGUUUAGCAUUAGCACAAAAUUGGUGUGCACGUUGUUUUAUUACAUUUCGUUUAACUAGUGAUUUAGUACAUCAUAUGCGUACAUGUCAUAAUCAAGGUAGUAAUAUUCUAAUGUAA